AUGCCGCAGGGCCUGGAAGCCCCGGUGCAGGUGUGGGUGGGCAGCCAGCUCUUCCAGGCCGACCGGGCCCUGCUGGUGGAGCACUGCGGCUUCUUCCGAGGCCUCUUCCGCUCGGGCAUGCGGGAGGCGCGCGCGGCCGAGGUGCGCCUGGGCGCGCUGAGCCCCGACGGCUUCCGCACCGCGCUGCAGGUGCUGCGCGGCGAGCGGCCGGCGCUGGCGGCCCCCGACGAGCUGCUGCAGGCCGUGGAGUGCGCCGCCUUCCUGCAGGCGCCGGCGCUGGCGCGCUUCCUGGAGCACAGCCUCACGUCGGACAACUGCGCGCUGCUGUGCGACGCGGCCGCCGCCUUCGGCGUGCACGACGUCUUCCACAGCGCCGCGCACUUCAUCCGCGACGGCGCCCGCGAGCUGGCGGCGGAGCUGGCGCUGCCCGAGGCCCGCGCCUACGUGGCGGCGCUGCGGCCCAGCAGCUACGUGGCUGUGAGCACGCACGCGCCGGCGCCCGGCUUCCUGGAGGACGCGUCGCGCACCAUGUGCUACCUGGACGAGGAGGAGGACACGUGGCGCACGCUGGCCGCGCUGCCCCUGGAGGCCAGCACGCUGCUGGCCGGCGUGGCCACGCUGGGCAACAGGCUGUACAUCGUGGGGGGCGUGCGGGGCCCCACCAAGGAGGUGGUGGAGCUGGGCUUCUGCUACGACCCCGACGGCGGCACGUGGCGCGAGUUCCCCAGCCCCCACCAGCCGCGCUACGACACGGCGCUGGCCGGCUUCGACGGCCACCUCUAUGCCAUCGGGGGCGAGUUCCAGAGGACGGCUAUGAGCUCGGUGGAGCGCUACGACCCGGCCUCGGGCUGCUGGAGCUUCGUGGCCGACCUGCCGCAGCCAGCUGCCGGCGCGCCCUGCGCCCAGGCCCGCGGUCGCCUCUUCGUGUGUCUGUGGCGGCCGGCCGACACCACGGCCGUGGUGGAGUACGCGGUGCGGGCCGACGCCUGGCUGCCCGUGGCCGAGCUGCGGCGCCCGCAGAGCUAUGGCCACUGCAUGGUGGCCCACCGCGACAGCCUCUACGUGGUGCGCAACGGACCUAAGGAUGACUUCCUGCACUGCGCCAUCGACUGCCUCAACCUGGCCACAGGCCAGUGGACGGCGCUGCCCGGCCAGUUUGUCAACAGCAAAGGGGCGCUCUUCACGGCCGUGGUGCGCGGCGACACCGUCUAUACGGUCAACCGCGUAUUCACGCUGCUCUAUGCCAUCGAGGGCGGCACCUGGCGGCUGCUCAGGGAGAAGGCCGGCUUCCCACGGCCCGGGUCUUUGCAGACCUUUCUCCUGAGGCUGCCUCCCGGUGCCCGUGGGCCUGUGGCCUCGGCGACGCCAGAACUGUGA